AUGGAUUCUUCCAAUUUCUACCCCUCAGACACGUCGCUACCCGAGCUUGUCGUCGACGACACAAGCGCAAGCCACACUGAACGUUCGACGAAGCAAUACUCCUCUGUUCUGCAGCCCUCGAUGCUCUCCCCGGACAGCGCCGUCCUCUCCAAAUCCACGAUGGCGGCAGAUGGCGCAACACAGCAACCCAGCGGUCAAUCGACGCCCACCAACCCGUUCAAUUUCCAGACGCAGGUUAUAUCUACCUCACCCAUCAAACCAAACAUUGGUCAACGACGAGGACAUAGAUAUAAGCACAGCAGCAUCUCCACACAGCAUCAAGUAUUUCAAGAACCCCCUCAACGGCCGCCGCUGGUUCUCCCAGCAUCUCUGCCAAUUCCCACCGUGAAAGAGGCGUGGAAGAGCAUGAAUAAAGAUCAAAAACUGCGCCUGUACUGGAGUCUGUCGCAUCUUGCCAUUGCUGUGUUUAUCUUCUUCAAAUCUGAGGGUUCGCUUUCGGCAACCGCGCUGUCGCACCUUGUCUUUUUUGACGCCGGAAGCGCAGCCGUUUGUGUGGCUGUUGAUGUUCUAGGAAACUUCGAAGUAUGGAGGCGCAGCAGUAUUCGCCAUCCAUUCGGACUAGAAAGAGCCGAAGUCCUGGCCGGGUUCGCCAUGUCUAUAUUCCUUCUGUUCGGAGGGUUUGACCUUGUGUCGCAUAACCUCAAGCAUCUUCUUGAAUCCGUGGGCGACCAUGAGCCGCAUCAUGAACAUGUCCAUGGGGAAGGUCCGGCAGGCUCUGUUGACCUUGCCUGCGCAGCUGCUAUUCUUAGCACGCUGGCAUCCGCUUACGGCCUCAAGAACCACGCUCGAAUUGCCAAGGUCAUGAGGGUUUCGUACCUCGCGUCUUUGCCAAGCAUCCUAUCGAACCCCUUUCACCUUUUGACACUUCUCUUCUCCACCCUCGUCGCGUUGCUGCCGCUCUUCUCGAUCGAACUCUACAUCUGGCUGGAUAGAUUGAUAUGUGCCCUUAUCUCACUGGCCAUGUUUGGGCUUGGAAUGCGUGUCGCUAUCGCGCAAGGCCUCAUGCUGCUCAUGUCUUACGGUGGCACCAACGGUGGUGCUGAAGUGUCUUCCGUGAUCCAAGACAUAGAGUCCGAAGCCAGUAUAGCCAGUGUUGAUGAAGCACAAUUUUGGCAAGUUCACUACGGACUCUGUAUGGCCAACUUGAAAAUCAGCGUACAAAAAGGGAGUGACGAAGUGGCUCUCAGCAGAUUACGCAACAGAAUCACUUCGUUGAUACAGAAUCGCCUGGGAGGAGGUUACGGUACAGGUGGCAACGUCAAGUGGGAAGUAUCGUUGCAACUCAACGCGGAUGGUAGCUCAUAG